AAAAAUGUCAAGCAAGUCUAACCAAAAUCAUCAAUAACGAUCUUUAUUUCUAAUUAAAUUUACAACACGUAAAUAAUAGAAUACAAAACACUAUUUUUAUACAUUUCAUCUAUUAGGUAAUAUACAAUGGAAGAACAUAAUACUUCUGGAGAUAGUUGUGACAAAAUGGAACAAAAUGUUAUAGCCCUGCCACAAAAAAGACAUUACCGACAAAGAGCUCAUUCAAAUCCAAUUGCUGACCACUGUUUUGAUUACCCUUCAUGUCCUGAAAUGUAUGACUGGUCCACAUUGUACCCUAAGUCUGAGUUAACAAAUGAAACUGGAGAGACGAAAUAUGUUGAAUUUGCUGAUAUAGGUUGUGGUUAUGGCGGUCUUUUAGUUACUCUUUCAACAAUGUUUCCUGAAAAACUUAUGAUUGGGAUGGAAAUUAGGGUAAAAGUUAGCGACUAUGUAAUGGAUCGGAUUAAAGCUUUGCGAUCACAAAAUCCUGGCUCUUACAAUAACAUUGCUUGUUUAAGAACUAAUGCAAUGAAAUAUCUGCCAAAUUUCUUUCUUAAAGGGCAAUUGACAAAAAUGUUUUUCUUGUAUCCUGAUCCACACUUUAAAAAAUCCAAACAUAAAUGGAGAAUUAUAAGUAACUGUCUAUUGGCAGAGUAUGCUUAUGUUUUAAGAGAAGGUGGUCAUCUUUAUACAAUAACCGAUGUCAAAGAUUUAUUUGAUUGGAAUGUGAAACAUUUAGAAGAACAUCCACUUUUUGAAAGAGUGCCUGAAGAAAUAUUGGAUAAGGAUCCUAUCGUCGAAAAAUUAUAUGAUAGCAGUGAAGAAGGCAAAAAAGUAACAAGGAAUAAAGGGGAUAAAUUUUUGGCUGUUUUCAGAAGGAUAGAGUAUAAAGGUUUGUAUUAUCUAAUUCAUGAACAAUUGCUUCAUCCCAAGGCCCAUAAAUAUUAUUUUUAUGACACUGCCAUUUAUAGUACAAAAUUGGGCAAAGGACGUUUAUGAAACACAAUGCUAGUAGAUAUAUAACUGUUAAUGUUGAACUAAUUGAAGACAUAACAAGUAUGGUUGUUACUGUAAGUAAGACACAAAUGUGUCUGUUCAAUUUUGAGACUAAUACCGAACACAAGGCAAAA